UAUGAAACUGGGGUUGCAUAAGUGGAAACACGAAAGUAUGUUGGCCACCUCCUAGGGUCGGGGAAAGAGGGGUCAAACAGCGGGUGUAUAGCGCGUGCUCCAAGCUUCUUUUCCCAAACAGCCAAUAAGAUUCGUUUGCGCAAGAGCAAUUGUGAAAGGUUGAGAAAAAUUAACGGUCGUUUUGAUUUUUCUAAAAAUUGUGUUUCAAUUGUUUCUCACUGUUUUUUCGUGAAUAAGGGUCAGAAAAGGAGUUCCAGGGGAUAGACGAAUAACGUUCUCAUGGGGUGAAGGACGAGUAGGACUUAAAUUAAAUUAACAAAGUUAAGUUGGUAAGUACAGAUACUACACUCCACUUAAAUAUCUGCUUUUAGGUAAUUUGAUUGGUGUUCCUCGGGUUGGUUUUUUGUCUUUGCCGUCAGCAUAUCAUUAGUCAUGGAUGUUGUUCCUCGAAAGAAGUACUGCUGCAAGUAUCCAGGCUGCAACAACUGGUACUAUAUCAACACUCCAGAGGGCUUUGUGAACAAGCACUUUUUUGUGUUUCCAAAAGACCCUACGCAGCAUCAACAAUGGAGGAACAUUUGCAAGAUAAGUUCCAAAAAUUCAGAUUUUUUUAGAAUUUGUGAGGAUCAUUUUGACGAAUCUGCUUUUGUGAAUGAGAGGAAAGAUCGUCUAAAUUUCAGAGCAGUACCACUCGUUCCCACUGAACCAUCUGACAUUCAUUUACUUGAGGAUCUGCCACUUCCAGAUCAACAAAGCAAAAUAGAUGAAGAUCCUUCUUCAUCUGCUUUGUCUGAGGAAAAUGUAAAUGUUGUUGGUUCUUUGUCUGUUGAAUCACCUUCAACGUCAUCUUUUGUAAAUUUGGCUUAUAAUGAAUUAUGCAGUUCCUCUCAUUCGCAAAGUAGUGAAGUAAUAAACAAUUCAGAUUCCACCAUUUCGAACAGCAGCUGUUUAGAGAAUCAUAAUGAAACCUCAUUUAAUGUAAACAAAUUAGCGUUUCUGGAUAAUCAAGGUAGAGACGGUAUUCUAACUAAAAUUGGCUGUUCUUCCAAAGAUUUGACACCGCGAAAAGAGCUGAUGUACAAAGCUCACCGAAACAUUCAGUCGAGGUUGUGUAGAUUGAGCAAAACAUUAGAAAAGGAAAAGGGUAAGGUGAAGACUUUGCAAAAAUUGUUCGAUGCCGGAAAAUUCGAGUUCAUCACCGAAAAUUUGAAUGAAGUCACUAAGGCUUUCAUUAAUUCACAAUUGCGAAAUGUUUUCUGUCAACCGACCGCGCGCAGAUGGACAGACGAGGAUAAAGCUUUUGCUUUAUCUUUGUACAAGAGAAGUCCGAGAUUGUAUAAGUAUUUGCAAGUCCAUUUUCAAUUACCCUCUUCCCGCACACUGAAAGCCAUUUUAGCUAAGAUUCAGUUCGAUACUGGUAUUAAUCCAGGUAUUUUGGAACACCUGAAAAAUCAGGUCUCAAAAAUGAAACGUGCAGAUCGUUAUCGUUCGUUAUUGUUUGAUGAGAUGUCGGUUUGUCAAGGAUUUCAUUAUGAACGAGCUAAACAGUACAUCAGUGGUUACGAGGACAUGGGCUCCUUGGGUCGCACUAACAAAGCAGCCAACCAUGCUGUUGUUUUUAUGAUCCGAGGGUUGAGACUCCAGUGGAAACAAGUAUAUGCUUAUUACUUUACGGCAAAUACAGUUAGCGCGAACAAUCUAAAGUUUCUUAUUGAAGAAAUAAUUUCACAACUUCAGAACAUCGGUUUAACGGUAGUCGCUACUGUUUGUGAUCAGGGCACUACAAAUGUUUCCGCGUUGAAUCAGCUUUGUGCCAAACAACAUCCCAGGCAAGGUUCAUAUUAUUUCUUCAUUAAUAAUCAGCCGAUUGUUACAAUUUUCGACGUGCCGCAUCUUUUAAAAAACACGCGAAAUGCAUUAUUGAAAUGCAAAAUUCAAUUUGCUCCUCACAAAUAUGCUAAAUUCGAACACAUUGAAUCUGUUUUCAAUUUUGACCAACAAAAAACUUUUAAAUCGUUGCCCAAAUUAAAGAAGGAGUAUUUUAAUUUCAAAGACUCUUACAUGAAAAUGAAGGUGAAGGUAGCCGCUGCACAGCUUAGCAGCUCUGUGGCUGCUGCUAUCGAAACCUUCGUCUCUUUUGCACAUAUUCUGCCGUCUGAAGCCAUUCAUACGGCUGAAUUUGUGCAGAAGGUCGACAACAUGUUUGACUCUUUGAACGGGUCAAAUUUGGAAUGUCUGGGAAUAAGCCAUUUCGAUGUGCUUUGUCACAAAAUUCCCCUCAUUUGGAGCUCUGGUCGAAAUUGUUGACAGAGUUGGAUCAAUGGAAAGUGAUUGACUUAUAAAAUGGAGCCGAUCUAACAAAUCGGUAUUCAUUCGUCAAAGGUUGGCAAACGACGAUUAAGUCAGUCCGUUUCCUUUGGAACAAUCUGAAAGAUGUGGACGGAUUUAGUUAUUUGAAUUUACGGGGACUGAAUCAGGACCCUUUGGAAAAUCUUUUUUCAUCAAUUCGUCAGCAUGGUUCUGCGAACACCAAUCCGACGUGUCAUCAGUUCACUGCCGCUUUGAAAACGGUCGUAAUCAACAAGUUGGUUACACCAUCAAAUGUCGAUAAGAACUGUGAAAACGACACAUGUCAACCGUUGGAUGACUUGCUGAGUUUGAUGAAAUUUGCAGAUGAUUCCUCUGUUUCUCGGGAAGAAGAAGAUCUACAAAUGGCACAGCAUGAACAAGCAAUAUCUUUUAUAACCCCUCAGAACUUAGUGAUCUUCCAGAAGAAGACACACAAGCUCUAGCCUAUGUUGCAGGUUGGGUGUUAAAAAGUAUUGAUGUUCCUGAUUGUGAGCAUUGUAGGAGUACGUUGUACUCUGGGGAGAUUACCAAUCGCCACAUUCUUACUUCUUUCCGAGAAAGGGACGACGUCCAACGAUUAACAUAUGCUAGCGAUGCCGUAAUGUCUUUGGUCCAAAACUUGCAUGACUAUUUAAAUGAAUUUUCAACAUCAAGUGGUUUUCAGAGAAAUCUGGAAGAAACAUUUAAAAUUUCAUUUAAACAACAUCUUGAUUUUGCAGAAAGUCAUUGCACAGAGCAUCCUUGCUAUGAUUUAAUUUUAGAAAAAGCCAUACCUUUUCUAAUUUUUAAAUUUUGCAGGGACAGGCAAAGACAGAAAACCAUCUCUGACGGACAUCGCACCAAGAUGAAGAGGCUAAGUUAAUUAAUUUUGUUGUGAUAUAGAAUAGUUGUUGUGUUUAUUUUGUUUUAUAUUUAUAGUAUUUUCAGAGUGUUGUUUUAUUUUUAAAGAAUUUAUUAUUUUGUUGUUUUUUCAGAAUAUAUACAUUUUAUUUUCAGGGGUAAAUUUUUAGUUUUAUUUUAUUAAUAAAUUAUUUUAUUUAUUAGCGGCAAACUGAUUUUUAUUUUUGUUAUAUUUUUAAAAAUAUAUUGCAUUAUUUAUUAUAUAAAAUGUUUUUUAUUGUAAUGUGUGUAGAAAUGUCCUUAACAGAAUCAA